AUGAAGGGCGGCUACAAUACGGACCUAAUCUUCGUCGAUUUUAGCAAGGCAUUUGACAAAGUACCUCGCGACUGGCUGUUGGAAAAACUCGGGAUUUGGUCUUCACAGUCCAGUGCUUUACUGGAUCGCGGAUUUCCUGAAAUGGAGGAUGUUUUCACUCAGAGUGGCCCAGCUAAAUUCAAGUUUGGCUUGCUGCAAAAUGUGGGGUCCCUCAAGUAUCGGUUCUUUGACCGGUGCGGUUUCUGGCCUGCAUCAACGACUUGCCCUUUCCCGAUGCAAGCGGUCAUUCUGGCUCAUUCAGAGCCAUCAGAAUUGUCUCAACUAACCAUAUCCAGUUGUUGUGGUCUUCUCCCGUUUCAUAAUGGAACAUUGUUAUCUAAUCUCAUUGAUCGGUUUUUGGAAAGCGAUGUGUGUGAAAUUAUUAUCGUACACCAAGAUGCACACACUUCUGUGCUCGAACAGUUUAUCAAUGAUCACCGUCCUGAAUGGCCAAAACAUAUGGAAAUUUCCCUAUGUGCUGUACCUGCCUCAUGCCCAGUGCUAGAUUGUUUUCAAAGGCUCCGGUCGCGGAUUCACUCCGAGUACAUUUUCUUAACAGAAACUACCGUCGCGGUGACAGAUUUGAAUUUGCGCCGUCUGUUUCUUACCCUGAUCCGUAACCGUGCCGAACUCGUGGCCGUGUUUUCUAGCUUGUCGACCACUGAAAGCAAAGUGCUAAAAUCUAUUCCACGGGAACUUGUCCUGUUACAAAACCAUAGCGAUGCAUUAUUGGGCUAUUUUUCCGCGGCAGAAAUCAAGAAACAUAGCACAGUCCCACGUUCGUUGAUCCAGGCCGGCUCAGAUGUACUUAUCCGAUCUGAUCUACGUGAGGUCGGAUUUUAUCUGUUUACCCGAUCCUGUAUGGAUAUACUAACUCGAUCACGAGAUGAUACAGGUUCUCGAAAGAAAACGAUGGCACAGUUCAUCAGUAAUUUUCCAUCCAAUAAUUCCCGUUUGACCAAUCCAAUCGUCACAGGCUCAGGUAUCGGGGAUCCAUUCGAAAACGCAUCCGGUGAGAUGGAUAACUUCUACAUGACAACAGAACAAUCUUUUGGUGCGUUCAUCUAUGAGCAUCGGGAUGAAAAGGUGUGCAUAAAAUUGGACGAUCCAUUUCUUUUUGCCGAAGCAGUUCGUAUGGCAUUUCAAAAGUCGACCAUUCAGAAAAAAGGCAACUACAUUGCAGACAGUUUUGAACCGGAUCCGACCGUGGUAAUCCGAUCGAGUUUUGUCUGUUCUGGAUGCAAAAUUGAACCGGGUGUAGAGAUUAUCAACUCGCUGCUACUCCCUGGAGUAACGGUUAGGCAGAAGUGUUCCCUUCAAGGUUGUAUACUCGGCGAAAAUGUCACGGUUGAAGAAGGCUGUAAGCUGAAAAACUGUGCCGCCGCAACCGGGCAACGAGUUCCUGCGGAGACUAUCCUAGAGGCAGAAAUGCUUGGUUUUACUGAUCCUGAGUUGGAGGGCGGACAGACAUGA